GCUCAUUUUAUUUCUGCUCUUCCCAGUAAGUCGCAUUCCCCUUCACCAUAACAAACAGCCUUACGAAGGAUCUUAGUCCUAUCGCCUAUAAGAACUCUUUUCUUUGCAACAAUCGGAAAUUUUUAUUGCUUUAAGUUGUUUUCAAAUUUUUCUUUUGUUAGCAUAUGCCUGAAUUGCCCAAGUAUCAUUAUGUAGGAAGUGUACAGUAUCAACCUGUAAAGCCGUCGCCGCAUGAAAAUUUGACAGAAUUAUACGGUCUCUCAGAGUUGGCUAAAAAGGUUGGACGGAUUGAUGAGCAUGGAAAUAAACGGAAGAUGCGUCGAUCGUACAAGGCCUACAUUCAAGAUUUACCUGGUCAUAAUGAAAUAAUUAAAGACGAUACUCUAAAACAGUGGCUUGCUAAUCCUAUUAUGGAGGAUGUCUCUGUCGACGAGGACCAGCUGAUUCAAGCUUUUAGUCAUGUUCAGCCCGGCAUCCUUCCAGGUUUCAAUCCCAAGGUCUUUGGCCUUGACGACGAUGCGCCUGUUGGUCCCGGUAGUCGAGAUUCAUCACAGCCUAAGAGUCCUGUACGCACAAGAAGACCUUAAUAGAUGGAUAAAGUACGCCUUUUGUAAAAACCGGUUUGUCUGGAUGUAGUAAUUACCUAGUCUGUCAAGUUUCAUUGUUUACUUUAAUAGAAAAAUCUUGAUGAUGAUAAAUUACAAACAAUUGUUUUAAUACUUUAGACAUGUAUAAUCUCUCUUCAAUUUACGAAAGGACUAACAAAAGGUUGCUUACCGUCUAUCUACCAUAGUUUGCUCAAAGCUCACCACUUUCUACGUCAG